AUGGUUUCUACUUUUGCGUCUCAAAAUUUGAUUCUAAUGGCACUUCAACUUAUUCUUGUUUUCAUUCUCUCCUUUGGGAGCUCAUUGAGGUUGUUAGAAUCAGUCACCGCAAGUAGAAGGAUGAUCGUAGGAUGGAACGAGACAGAUCGACUUGCUUUGCUGGAGUUUAAGAAACAAAUUGAUGAUUCGUAUGGAGCACUAAGUUCUUGGAAUGAUUCCAUCCAUUUCUGCAACUGGGUAGGGAUCACAUGUGGCCAUCGUCAUCAACAACGGGUGAUCAGCUUGGAUUUACAAGGUCAGGGCUUGGGAGGUAACAUUUCUCCUUCCAUUGGGAAUCUCACUUUUCUUCAUUUCCUCGACAUUGCAAGCAAUAGCUUCCAUGGCCAAAUCCCCCAAGAAAUCGGUAAUCUGAUUCGACUACAGGUCAUUGUUUUCCAAAACAACACUCUCGAAGGGGAACUUCCUACCAGCUUGGGCAACUGCACUCGUCUAAGAGAAAUUUACUUCUCCAAUAACAAUCUUGUCGGGAAGAUUCCAGUUGAAAUAGUAUCGUCUUUGUUGAAGUUGGAGAUAAUUUCUAUUCAUAAUAAUGGGUUAACAGGAGAAUUACCAGCUUCUUUUGGAAACAUUUCUUCCAUCCAAGUUAUCUCUAUGAGUGGAAAUAAAUUCCAAGGGGGCAUUCCAGAAUCAUUUGGUCAGCUAAAAAACUUAUACUUUCUCUCACUUUCUAGAAGCAACCUAUCUGGAAUGUUUCCUGUCUCUCUGUAUAAUCUCUCAUCUCUUGAAUCUAUUUAUGCCCUGCAAAACCAACUGCAUGGGGGCCUUCCACGAGACGUAGGCCUCACUCUUCCAAAUCUCAAAAAACUAGGGAUUGGACAAAACCUUUUCUCAGGGAGCAUUCCAAGUUCCAUCUCCAAUAUUUCAACACUCCAAGUGAUUGAUCUUGGUGGAAACAAUUUUGUUGGACCCAUCCCUAACAACUUAGGAAAUCUUCAAAAUCUUCGACAAUUCAUUAUUGGUGAAAAUCAAUGUGGAGCAAGGGAAGCUGAUGAUUUAGAUUUUGUAAAUUCGUUGCUCAAUGAUACACAUCUAGAGCUUUUGGACCUACAAUAUAAUGGUUUUCAGGGUCCCCUUCCAAACUUUAAAGCCAAUCUCUCAACACAGCUCUCAAUACUUAUUUUGGGAGAGAAUCAAAUAUCUGGAAUUAUUCCUGCUGGGAUUGAGAAUCUUGUCAACUUAACCUCAUUAGCCAUGGAGCAGAACUUUCUCGAAGGUAAUAUUCCGUCUACUAUAGGGAAACUCUCAAAGCUUCAAAGAUUGUUCUUGAAUGAAAACAGACUUUCAGGACAGAUACCUUCCUCUAUAGGCAAUAUCACUCUUUUGUAUGAACUCCAUUUAGAUGCCAACAACUUGAAUGCAAGCAUUCCCUCCAGCAUUGGAAAUUGUCAGAAGUUGCAGCUCCUAACCCUUAGUAAUAAUAGCCUCCAAGGCUCAAUACCCAAACCACUCUUCCUUAUUUCCUCUCUAUCAGUAUCUCUCGACUUAUCUUCUAAUUCUCUGGUCGGUUCCCUACCAAUUGAACUCGGUAACUUGAAGAGUCUUUCUACAAUAGAUAUCUCCCAAAACAAGUUGUCUGGAGAAAUCCCUUCCUCCAUUGGUGAUUGUAAUAGUUUGGAACAUCUUUAUAUAGGGGGUAAUUUCUUUGAAGGAACCAUUCCUCAAUCUUUGACUCUUUUGAAGGGGCUUCAAGAUUUAGAUCUCUCACACAACAACUUAUUAGGGCAAAUCCCGAAAGAUCUACAAAAUCUUUUAGCAUUGCGGAGUUUAAAUUUAUCCUUCAAUAAUCUUGAGGGAGAGGUACCAACAAAAGGAAUCUUUGAAAAUGCAAGUGCAAUUUUGGUCAAUGGAAAUGAUAAGCUUUGUGGGGGAAUUGAAGAGUUGCAUUUGCCUACAUGCACAAACAAUGGGUAUAUGAAACAAGAAAAGUCCAAUGCUUUUAGAAUAGUUUUGACGGUAAUCGGUGUGGUUGUUGGAUUUCUUCUUAUAUCUUCUUCUCUUACUCUGUUUUGGAUAAGAAGAUCAAGAAGCAAACCUCCAUCUACACCAUUAAUCGGCAACCAAUUCUUAAAGCUUUCUUACAAAGAUCUCUUCCGAGCUACUGGAGGAUUUUCUUCAGCUAAUUUCAUAGGUUCUGGUGGUUUUGGCUCUGUAUACAAAGGGAUUAUUGACCAAGAUGAAACCAUUGUCGCAGUCAAGGUACUCAAUCUUCAAAAUCCAAUAAUUUACAAGAGCUUUAUGGCUGAAUGCAAAGCAUUAAAAAAUGUUCGGCAUCGAAAUCUUGUCAAGAUUUUAACUUCCUGCUCAAGUCUUGAUUCAAAAGGCAAGGAUUUCAAAGCCCUUGUUUAUGAGUUCAUGUCCAAUGGGAGUCUCGAUGAUUGGUUGCAUCUGCCGAUGGAGGUGCAUAAUCAUACAAGGAAUUUAAGCCUUCUUCAAAGAUUAAACAUCGCAGUUGAUGUCGCUUAUGCAUUGGAUUACCUUCAUUACCACUGUUAUGCGCCAAUUGUUCAUUGUGACUUGAAGCCAAGUAAUGUUCUACUUGACAGUGAUAUGAUUGCACAUGUUGGUGAUUUUGGUUUGGCGAGGCUACUUUUAGAACCUGAUGACAGUUCAGCCCAGACUACUAGUACCAUUGGGAUAAAAGGAUCUAUUGGCUAUGCUGCUCCAGAAUAUGGCAUAGGGGGAAGGGCAACUAUACAAGGGGAUGUGUUUAGCUAUGGGAUCCUUCUAUUGGAAAUGUUCAUAGGAAAAAGGCCAACAGAUCAUAUGUUUACUGAUGACUUAAAUCUACAUAACUUUGCAAAGGCAGCUUUACCUGUACAUGUGAUGCAAAUUUUAGAUCCAACACUCCUACCCAAGCAAGAACAUCGAGAAGAAAUUCAAGGGGAUUUCAUCAACAAAACUGAAGGUCCUAGUCAUAGGACAGAUAAAUUGCAAUAUUGCAUUAUGUCAAUAAUUGAAAUUGCAAUCCGGUGCUCCAUGGAAUCACCAAAAGAACGUAUGCAAAUGAAUGAUGUUGUGAGAGAACUACAUUUAAUCAAGGGAAACUUUCUUGAAGCAUGA